CACCACCACCACCACCACCACCACCACCGCUAUGGCAGCCACGAUAUCCGAGCAGAUCAGCGCGCGGCAGGUCGGCCCGGACGAGUUUGAGUCGGUGUCGCUGCCGAUCCGGAUGGGCAACGCGCGGCCGAUUGCGUACGGGGGCAGCACGAUGGCGAUAGCGAUCCACGCCAUGUGCCAGACGGUGCCGACAAGCCACAAGCUGUACUCGGUGCUGGGCCACUUCCACGGGCCGGCCAACCUCGACCACCGGCUGCGCUGCCUCGUCACCCGCACGCGCGACACAAAGUCGUUUUCCACCCGCCGCGUCCAGGUGUCGCAGCUCCAGCCCGACGGCCGCACACGCACCGUCAUCGAGCUCACCGGCGACUUCCACGCCCUCGAGCAGCCGCUGCUCGUCUACGGCGCCCCGCCCCGCAUGCACUACUCCAAGCCCGACGACUGUCCCGACCGCCACGCCCUGCAGAGGCAGAUGGUCGAGGCCGGCCAUAUCUCGGGAAAAGUCGAAGCUCCCUACGAGGCCAUGUACCGCUACCAGGAGCAGUACUACGACCUGCGCCUGUGCCCAGAGAGCAUCUCGGGCCAGACCCUCGGCGGCACCGUCCGCGGCGUCCCCACCGCCCAGGACCACCUCCCCGUCACCGAGCGCACCUCGGCCGAGUGGUACAAGAUCCAGGAGCACCAGGCGCCCCCCGACGACGCGGCCCAGUGCGCGGCUGUGGCCUUCCUCAUGGACGGCGGGCUCGCGUUCCUCCCGCUCGUGCAUCACGGGCUUCAGAUCGAGGAGGUCGGGUCGUGGGCCACGCUGGAUUUCGCGCUGCGGAUAUUCAGGCCACAGGUCCGGCUGCAGGAGUGGCAUCUCAAGGAGCGCGUGCUGCAGACGGCGGACUUUGGGAGAUCGUACGGCGAGGGGAGGCUAUAUGAUGACCAAGGGAGGAUGGUGGCCUCCAUGACACAGCAGUGUAUCCUGAGGAAGCCAGCGGCAAAGUCGAGUUUGUAAGAAAAAGAGCAUGAUAGACCAGUAUUGUGACUUUUAGACGUCAAAUUAGAACUAUCAGACUCGAAAGCC